UCCGGGUUAGGCCACGCCCACUGGCUCCUACCUGUCGAGCAAUGUCAAAAAUUCCUCGCUCCCACCUGGACAAACACUGAAGCCAAGAUGAGUCUGCCGGACUACAAAACACAUCAAAAACAGUUGUCCCCCGCAGCUCCGCACUCUCCUGUUGUGCAGUUAAAUGUCGGGGGUCACCUGUUCAGCACCUCUCUGAGCACGCUCAGGAAACACCCCGACUCCAAGCUGGCUGAGCUGUUCAGCGGGCAGCCCAGACUGCACACUGACCCACAGGGACGCUACUUCAUCGACCGCGAUGGGUCGCACUUUGGAGGUGUCCUCGACUUCCUGAGAUCAGACUGGCUGCCCACAGAAAACAUCCAGGAGGUUCACCGGGAGGCGGUGUACUACAACAUCAAACCGCUGAUCAAACGUUUAGAGGAAACUCCUCGGCUGUUCGGAGAACUGGUGGGAAGGCAGCAGUUCCUCUCCAGGGUCCCGCACUACAAAGAAAACAUCGAGGUGCUGAUCCGUAUCGCCAGAGCCGAGGCCAUCGCUUCCCGCCACUCCACCAUCAUGAUCUGCGUACUGCGGACGGAUGAAGAUUUGGGUUUCUAUGACAACGCCAUCAACUGCCUGGAGGCGGAUAAGGAGUCGGUGGUGACGUUCGGACCCUGGAAGGCCAUCCCGUCCGUUAAAGACCUGCUGGACUGUGUGAAGAUGGACAUUGAGAGUCAGGGCUACAGGGUGAGCAUCCAGCCGCACGUCAUGGAGAAGAGCUUCCUGUCCAGGAGCUACGACUACUUCUACAAAGUCAUAUUCACCUGGUGGUGAUGAGAGGGAGGCUUUUCUCUGCAGACGUGAAAGCUGAACAUACUGUUCCCAAAAAUAACAGCAUAUAAAUUAUCUUUUGUUAAAGACCAAGCUGCUGGGUCUUGAUUUUGAACACUAGCCAUUUCAGACACAAGGGGUCAGCGAAGCAUCUGUACAUAAUACAUUUCAGCGGUUUAAAGCUGGGGCGAGCAAUUUAUGUUCUAGUUAUAUAUUUUCUUGUAUUUGUUGAAAUUCUCUUUUCAUCCAGACAGCAGUCAAUAAACGCAAAACUGAAAAACAUCCAUAACAUGUGGCUGUGGCAGGACUGUCAUAAGUACAGCCAAUCAUUUUUAUUCAAGAAUAAAACAGUUGGCUGGCCUAUUUGCCCGCCUACCUGCGCACUU